GUUUUAGAAAAGAAUUGUACUUUAAUUUUUUUUCUUUCAAUUUUACAGUUUCAUCUCUCUGGCACGUCUUUCAGGGGGAAGCCAAAUCAACAACAAUGAAUUUAAACAACUUUGUGGUCCUUCCCAACAAGCCCAAAUCAGUAAAGCUAAAUGAAUUUGCGUGAGCUGCGUAUGGAGACGGCACAGCUCAGCCAGGACAACAAGGACAUGGAGAUUCGCUUGCAGCAACUCCGGGAGGUCAUGAGUCAUGAGAAAGAGGAGAGAGACCUUUUCCCCCAGCACGUUUUUGCUGAGCCAAUGUUGGUUCCAAAUGCCAAGGGAUUCUCACAAUCAUCUGGAAGUCUAGAGGAAAGUUUUAACCCCAGAGUCCAAUUUCACUCCUGCUAACUGACAGGGGUGGUGUGAAACACCUGGAUGAUGUAUCUACUGGAUAACAUAUGUCUCUCACCUGAACAUAUGCACUGUGUUGACAGUGCCUCUGCCGCACCAUUGAAUUACUGUCAUUGAGGCCAGUCAUGGACCUCAUGCUGCCCCUGAUCAUUGAUUAUAGCUGGCCAUCAUGACCUUCUCUGAGUGGACCACAACGUGGUGACAUCUCAGAACCAACAACAAGAACUUCAGGGCCAGGUGAACUGCCUCAGCUGCAGCUGGUUGAAGAUGGGUGAGCUUGGGCCUGCCUGACUACCCCUUUGAAAGUUAUCAAUAAAAUUCUUGCAUUGUGGCAUUGUGAACUUGAACAGGUGUUGUGUGAAAGAGUGAAUUCAAAGUUGUGGGUUGUAUUGCACCAUCCAACCCUAGAGCCUUAGAGCCCUUAGAGCCCAUCAUAGGUGCUUGCUUGUAGAUGGUAAGAGUUGAACUAGGUCCUUCUCUAGUUGAAUAUGUCAUCAUAUGUAGUUUAACAUGUGCACAGGUGAAAACAAGAACAGGAAGAUGGCUGUAUGAUGCUAUACCAUGUCAUACAUGGUACAUACAUCUCAGCACGCUUACACACCUUCACAAGUGGCUAUUUAGGUUGUAUUCCUGCCUUGUGUCCAAGCUGCACUCCACCGAGACCCUGACCAGGAGAAAAAGGAAGAGUGGUGCUUUUCGCUGGAAAUCUGCUCAGACCCAUGAUGGGACAAGGGACAAAGACAAAAAUCUCAAUAAAAAUUCUCCCAGCAAGAUGAAGAUAAGGGUGCUGAAAUCUGUGCCUGGUGAAAGGGUGCCAGAGCCUCCACCUCCAAAGGAUGGACGGAGAAGAAAAUCCAGGCUAAAAGGAAAAGUGUGUGGACAGUGUGAAGCUCGAACCGCUGGACUGGUGUGUGCAGAAUGCACAGAGGAUUAUUGUGUCGGCUGCUUUGCCAAAUUCCACCAGAAGGGGGCACUAAGGGUCCAUCAUAUCAUUCCCAUGCAGGCUGAGCUCCAUACCUCCAUCAGCACAAUUGAUGUGGUGAAUCGUUUUCAGAUGAAGAUUGAAGGUGGAGAAGACGAAGACAGUGGUGAUGGAGGAACAAAUCCAGAAUGCAGAACAAUCUCUACAAUUCUCCAGCCUGUUUCUGAUAACCAGAUGCACAGCAUACGAGUGCUGCUUGUGAAUGAUGCGGAUGAGGAGAAUGAAGACUCCUUUCUGAGAGGCAAUUUUGAUGAAGAGGAAUCUUCCAGAAGUUUUCAGAAGGCUCUGAAUGAGUGGAGAGCAGGAAACACACAUGGCGACAGAGAACAUCAUGAACCCAACCACAAUGUACAAACUGCUCGACCAGCAAGCAUGGAGGUGAUGGGGACCCAGACUGGAGGAAGAACUCACAUACGUAUUGAAUUUAGGGAUCAUGGUCUAAGCUACAUGGAAAGGCUGAUGCUGAAGAAACACCGCAGAACAAAGGAUGAAUCUUUCCAGUUGCUUUCCACCCCGAGAUCCCCACAGGACCUGAUUACAGACACUUGCACACGGCCUGUUGAAGAGACCCAUGAGACUCAUGAACUGACAGCUGAGGAGAUGGAUCUGCACCAUUACUGCGUCUCUCUUUUUGCUAUCUCCAGCUCAGCAGAAGCAGAAAAAGUGAAUAACAUUUUCAAAUCAUGCCUGAGUAUCACAGAGAUAGAUGAGAUAGCAGGAGACCCUCUGGUGGAUGCUUCCUUUGGAGUCAAGCAGAGAAAUUAUAAAAAAGUGAAUCAAGGAGGAGAUGCUUUAGCAAUGCCUUCCCAAGCAGAAGAAGAAGUUUUUAAUCCAACAAAGCCACUGGAUUUCUCACUAAAAAUUCAAACACUGGAUAAUGAAACAAUUCUGAGUGGGUCAGUAGAAUCAUUCUCAGAGUCACCACCUUCUGACCAGCUCUUGUUAUCACUCACGUUCCAUAGGCUCCAAAAAUCUGUGGAUAUCUCCACUUUAACAGACUCUGAUAUACUAAACACUGAACAGUAUAAGGAACACACAUUUCAAGAAGCACAAUCACCAAAACUUCUCAAACCACAGAUAUCAAGAUAUCCAUCAAAAUCCAAGUCAACACUCAAAUGUACAACACAGGUUUGGGAUUCCUGCUCUUCUACUUCUCUUUCUUCUCAAUCCCAUAGUCCAUUAGUUUCCACAUCAAUUCAGAGUCAAACACCAGCAUUCCCUGUUUUGUCCAAUCCAAAACAGAGUCUGACUCAUUCAGAAAGCUAUCAAACAAGAUCAAACACUCUGAAUCCCCCAUUGCCUUCCCAAUCAGAAGAGGUUGAGUGUCAAACAAAAUCACUCGAUUUCUCACAAAGAUGUUUUAAACCUGCUAAUGAAACAAUGCUAAGUCAGUUCUCACAAUCACCAAAAUCUGAUAAACUUUUCACUUCUCAUGAAGGUCAAAAAUCAGAUAUCUCAGCUAUUUUACACAGUUCAGCACCUGCCUUAAUAACAUCACAUCAACAAGAGGAACACACAAUUCAAAGAACUCUGUUACCAAGACACAAUGAUUUUCACAAACCACAGACACUUAAAGAGCCUUCUUCACCACAAUACAAGUCAGCAGUAGACUGGGAUUCCUCCGUGUCUCUUUCUCUGCAACCCCACAGUCCAUUGCUUUCCUCAUCGGCAGCAUUUCCUGCUUCCUUCAUGCCAAAACUGAGCCCAGUACCUCCAGAAGACCAGUGUACCAUUGUAUAUGCUGAAGUUCCUAAACCACCGUUGUGUAGGACUGUCCAAGAAGAAGAGGAUAAAAACAAGUUUACUCAAAUCUUAAAAUCACCAAGACUUGUUGACUUUCAGAAACUCCAAGCCACAUUGACACAGAGCUUUGAUUCCUCUUUUUAUGCUCAAUCCCAUGGCCCAUCGCCUUCUACAUCAAUUCAAUGCCUCUCGCCAGCUUUAUCCAUUUCCUCCAGGAUAAAAUUGAGUCCAACGCCUUCAGAACUCGAUCAUAUUAGAGCUAAAGCUCUGAUCCCACUGUCUAUUAAAUCAUCCUCUCAGACCCAAAGUGGUAACACUCCAUCACAGUUCCAGCCACCUUCAGAACUUAAGAAAUCACCUUUAUUCUCAGACAACGAGGAACCAUGUUUACUUCCUUUAGGAUCAUCAUCAUCAAAGUCAGAAAUCCUGCAAAGCUCAUAUCCUAUUCACCUGAGAUCAUCAAAUUCAGAUAUGUCAAGUGACAGUGUUGGCAUGAUGCCCACUGAUGAAGACUCUUCUGAUGAAGAAAUGAGGAGAUGUGCACUGCAGGACAUGGAGGAAAAGGAGGAGAGAAACACAUUCUCAUUCCCUCCAUCACUGUUUCCCAUUGCAGAUUUUCCUUUCCCCUCUCAGAGCCCCACGAUUGAAGAGCAGUCAGCAUUCUUUACCAAACCAUCCCUGGCUGUAAGCUCAUUAGCGCAGAGAUACAACGGUGUAUCCACAAACUACCAAGGCCUGGAUGGCUUCUUCACGCUGGGGCUAGACUCCAGGUCUGUUCCAUUGAGUCCGGCUCCAUCACACGCUCCUCCAGAGAUACAUACACACCCCACAAACUCAGAGGCCUUUAUGUUAGGUAACAGUAUCUGGAGGCCAGAGAGUAGCCUUCUAAAUCCUGCAGAGGCAAAGCUUGUUGGUGUAGUAAUUAACAACCAGCCAAUCAGCAUCAACUCACGAUCUUUUACACCAAUACGUAAAAUGGAACCAUCUUGGAGGCUGAGUCAAUCAGGUGCAUCUGCUCCAGUCACUCAGGGUGUUUCUCAUCCUAUGUGUGCAUCUCUUCCCAUUUCUCACGCUGCUCUAGAGAUUUUGGAGGUUCAGAGUUUGGAGCAAGCCGAGAUCACACACAUCAAACAGGAUGAGGAGGAUCUGCUCACCAUCGCCUCCCUGGAGGAAGAGUUCAAACAGAUGAGUGCUGAGCCAAAUUUAUUUGUAACAGAUGGACAUGAAGACAAUAGAAAAUGCAUAAAAAAAUGACUGAUUUUUUAAAAUAUAUAACAUUUUUGUAACCAUAUAGUAGCUUUUUUGGCAUGACUAAAUUUUUUUUUUUUUAUAACAGUCAGUCUUUGAUCAUAUAAAUGUAAUAAGUUUUGCAAAUAUUAAUUCUCAAUAUCAUAAUAAUUGACCCUUUACUAACCCUCUGUUGUGAAAUGCAUGCUCAAACCUAAUGCAACUAUUAUUAACACAGAGUACUAUAUAUUAUGUAUAUACUAAAACUAGAGAUCCCAAUUAAACAAAUGAGACAAAAAUAUUAUACUUCGUCAUUUGUUUAUUGAGGAAAAUGAUCCAAUGUUAUGUAUCUGGGACUGGCAAAAGUAUGUGAACCUUUAUUUUCAGUUUCUGGUGUGACCCCCAGAUACCUAGCAAUAACU